AUGACCUCCAGGAGCGCAGGAGCCGGAGCCCCAGGUGCAGGAGCCACUGCGAACAGCUCGGAGUUGGAUAGAACUGCGACUGCUGGUGGUGGUCCCACAUCAACAUCUUCAACUCGAGGAAAUUGUACCGACACGAUGUUUGUCGCCGGGGGCCCCGCUGCUCCACAUCUCGGCUAUAAUAAUCACACCGCUUCCAGUACAAGUACUUCGCUAGUAAACGACGGCAACCUUUACCACCGGGAAGCGGGUGGUGCAGGAGCACCUGUUUCGUCGAGCACCAAUGGCCCGCAGCUACAUGUACAUCAACACCAGCACCGGCCCUGCGACAUGGUAGAUGUCAGUGACCCGAUGACUUCCACGCAAGGCGUUCUUUUUGAUCACGUUUCUACCUGUUCCGUUGUUGCACCACAUCAAGAAUUACUCGCCCCGCACCAUCACCCCUACAAUACGGCUUCGACUGGUGGAGGCCGCGAGCGCGACUUUUUUGGAACAAAUCUCCACCCCGCGCGGGGACGCACCGCUGGUUCUGCGUUUGGCAAUAUGAACAAUCAUGUCGCAUCUAUAAUUCCAGCACCAGCAGGAGCCGACUACUACACAAGAAGUUCUUGCUCUGUGGUACACCCGAGUGCGGGCGGGACUAGUGCUGCUACUGCAACGACAUCAGCAGCUUCGGCUGGUAAUGCAGCGUUUCUUGGCCGCUCGUCCUCUGGCGCGGCGUACAAAUACAACAAUUACCCCAAUCACCUGCAACCGCCGCCGCGAUCAUUAUGAGAGUGCACAACCCCUCCUCCUCCUGAUUUGUCGCGCAAGAGACCAAAUAUUUUUCCAGGCUGUGGUGCCUCUUAGCACUGUGUGCAUGACAAGUUCUGGCAAAAUCCCAAAUAGCAUUACUACACUCCACGUGUGGAGAUUUGUCAUGCAAAACCGGCAUUGCUGCUGACGCUUGUAGUGCCGUUCAUGCUAUACAUAGUACAAAUGAGGGGAAGGGGGGGCUGUCCACUCGCAUAGCGAUCCGGGCGCGCCGCCGGGGACCUUCUGCGAGACCACCCAUCUUCGAAUCCGGCCAUGGACUGGUUUUACCAUCGGAUUGAGGUUCUCGGCAAUAUGGAUCGCAAAUAUGUCUGGUUCUGGAAGAAUGUUGGCCGUGUUUGUCAUGCAUCUUUUGGAUUCUGCAAAUGGUCUGCCAUGCACUUAAAAGCAUGCCAGCUUUUGCGCAGGCCUUCUGAUGCCUAUCCUGCAUGAAAAAAUCGCGGCUUGCGUAGCAAGAAAUGGGCAGGCCUUUUGGCGCUCAUGCAAUACAAAUUUUUGUCUAUUCCAUAAUCCGCAUCACAAGUUGCAAUCUUCCAGACCCAGACAUAUUUGCAGCUGAUAGGCAAUGAGCAGCUGCAAAACUGGGAUCAGGGAUUCGACAUCAUGGAGCUCGAGCUUGAGGUUUUGAAGAAACAGAAACGAAAAGCGAGCAGUAAAGACGCAAUCUCGUCGUGUGGUCCUCCUGCUGCGGAAAAAGAUGACAAAUCUUCUAUUACAGCGACCGAUGGUGCGAUGACUCGGAUCCAUCCGUCCGCUGGCGAGGAGAUGAACAAACCGCUCCAAAGUCGACGCAACGGCGAGGAUGAACUGCAAACAGGUCCUACUAGUUGUACCUCCGGAGCAAGUUCUUGCGCGGUGGAAGUAGAUCAAGCUGCGAACAAAACUACUUCUACGGGGAAUGCAGCUUCUACUGCGCAAAAUCAUUCCACCACGACCGGGUGUUCAACAACGUCCUCCUCCUCGGCGUCGUGCAGUACGGCCGGUUGUCAAACCAAGCCCACGUCUUCCACCACCACCACCACCACGACUAAAGCGGAGUUUUUAUCCUGAGUAAAAAUAAUGUCCCCACCCCAGAGUCAAGAUGGGGACUUGGACUUCGCAACACAAACCUAGAAGCUUUGGGACUCGCGCAUCACAACUUUCAGUCCGUAGCGUAGUGCAGGUUAGCAAGGACAAACGCAUCACAAUUCCAUCUGCUUAUCCUGGUUACAACAUUACAAAUUUUUCAAAAACACAACUAGAAAUGCCUCUCAUGGAGAUGCGCAUUACAAAUGUUCUUGCUCUUGCAAAUCUGCAUGACAACUCUGGGAGGGGGACGCUUUUACAAAUGAUAGUUUUUCAAGCUCCUGCCUUUCUUGCACCGGCGGACGGAGCAGUGCGGUUUCGAGGCGCUGGACCGGUACGAGGGUAAUCCGAAGCUAUCGAAAUGGAAAAUCCCCCCUCCCCACAUCAAAACGAAAUUUCUGAUGCCGGAUUUGCGUACACAAAUCAGAUUUGUCUUGCAGUAGGGGACUGCAGGCCCAUAUCAUGCCAAUGUAGAGAGGUUUUCGCCUAGGCAAGUAGGAUGAGGAACGUCUAUGCUGUAGGCCUAAUAGCAUUACAAACCGCCUGCAUAAUGGGGUGGGGCCUAUGCCGUUGCUUUCUUGCAAGACAGAUUUGUGGUCACAAACACAAAUCAGCAUCACAAAUUCUCUAAGGCGUGCCUUUUCGAUUAUAUGGGGACGAGGGAGCAUUUUUCCUCACGAUAGACGCUGCAGCAGAUUCGGCAGACCUACCGCAUCAAGAACAUUGGGGUGAACCCGCACUUUGCCCACCUGUUUCGCGAUUUGGGUCUGGUAGACAACCAUACCAAAUGUAAAAAUGUCUGGAUCUGGAAACUUGUGAUGCUGGGUGGCGUCUCAUGGUGAGGCCACAAUUGCUGGCUCAGCAUGACAAGUUUCUGAGCUUCUAGGUGUUGCCUAUUCUGCAUGACAAACUGCGUUUCUGCAUCACAGAAAAAUGGAGCUCUUGGGUAACGUGCAUGACAGAUUUAAGAGUCAUGCCAGACAAGCAUGACAAACAUACACUCUUCCAGACCCAGACAUAAUUUUUACAGUUGAUAAGCCAGCAGAUCAAGCAAUUCGUCAAGAAAUUCGUCAAGGAUCCCGGUUUAUGCAUUGCAAAAGUAUCGUACUAGUAUAAAUUGCAUUACAAAUUAGCCCAGCAUUACAAAUUGAAUUUGUAUUGCUGAUUUGCCUUGAGAAAGAAAUUUGUAAUGCAUAAAUGCAAUUACAACUACGAGUGCGAUACUUUUGCACAGGAUACGGGUCCGUAUGAUGUGCAAAUAUAAUGUCGGAGUCUGGAAGACUGCAAGACUUGUAAUGCUCCGCUGACAGGAGAGAAAGAUGUGUCAUGCAUGUUGCGCUACCAGGCGAAUUCUUUGUUAUGCAAAAACGUAAUUCCAAUUUCUCAUGCAGUGUACGCAAGACCUAGCCGAUCAGAAACUUGUCAAGCGCGUCCCCAUAUUGGAGGUUGCUUUAUGAUUCGCAAACUGGCAUCACAACUUUCCAGCCAUUAUAUUUGCAAUGCAUAGUCCGGACUGAUUCUGCGGAACCAGACGCGAAUCUGCACGAGGGCGCAGCUGCUCCAGGCGGUCACGGGCCAGCGUUAUCCUGUGCAAAAGUAUCGUACUCGUAUUGUAAUCAUGCAUUACAAAUCCUGUUCUUAAGGCAAACUAGCAUUACAAAUUUUAUUUCUCAUCGUGCUGAGGGAAUUUGUCAUGCAUUUAUACGAGUACGAUACUUUUGCAGUUCAUAAGCGCGCAACCAUGACAAAUGGGGAGGAAUUCGCUGGAAAGGUACGCGACAUUGUAUUGAGUUUACCGAUGCUUGAGCCAAGAAUAGGUGUCACUGCGGGGGUGUACGAAGCCCAUUUUUGCUUUCGUAACGACCCUGAAGUUUUUUUUUCAUCUGUGAAGUCAUCUCUCCAUCCCUGGCGAGCAGUUGCAUUUCUUGGUUUGUGUGCUAGACCACGCAAGUAACGAAAGCUCACUGUCACACCAAAACCACGUCAGGUUCGCAUUCUCUUGUCCGUCUACGGGAGUUUUGCUCUUUAUCUUGGCAAAAUCUUUUCAGAAAACAAUUGUGUAGAAGUUGAGUAGAAGUACAUAAGUGCGUAUCAUUCAUUGCGGACCCACUUUUUACUCCCGGCAAACCUUUGGAAAUUCAAGACUUGUCAUUUGACUGAAGAUCAUGCAAGAAGCACUUGUUUCUUGCACGUUGGUGGUUCACCAUGGAGGAUGACGAUGAGGAAUUGUAUCUGGAAAAGAUUUUGCCAGGUGCAUAGUUCGAAACACUUACCGCAAAAGUGGAACAAAUUUUUCGGCAGCUGCAGUAGUAGUGAUAGCUCCUCCACCUGUGCAGCAGCAGCAGCUUCUGCAGCUUCACCGGCCACCAGACCAGGAGCUCCUACGACAGAUGUUGUUUCUGAGUCCUUUUCUGCCACCAGCACAGCUUCGUACGCCGAGGCGUUGCGACAGGUGAUGGCAGAGAACGAAGAAAAUGGAGGAUCUUCUUCUUCUUCGUCUUCUUCUAGUCAGGAUGUCGACGAACAAGUUGUGGACCAAAAGAGCAAGCUGCAGCUGCCAGUACACAACGGGAUCACGACGAGUAAGAACAAAGGCGACGAAAAACAAGAUCUCCUCACGAGCGGCGCAAAUGAAGAUACGACUAAGUUCAACAACAAAGAUGACAGCACGACGAAACAAGUUCUUUGUGCAGACCGCGACGAGUGGCAGUUUGUGAAGGCGCUGCUGGAAAAGGAGCUGCGGGGGGUGGUGAGCUAAGCAGUGCAAAAAUACUUAAUUGUGGGGUCGUACAACUGCUAUUGCUAUUGCAUUAAUAUACAAAUUUUGUCAGAAGUAGCUCUAGAUGGGAACAAGAUCGAGUGUGUCAUGCAGAUGUAGGUGAGAUAGAAUUAGAAAGAGAUGAAACACAUUCAUUCUUUCACACAAACGCAAUUUAGCAACUACUAGUGCGGUCGUUGCGAUACUUUUGCACAGGAUACGAGGUUUAUUUCCAGGCACCCGGCGUCGGGGAGUUUUGCAGAUGGCAGUUCGGGUGCGGCUCGUGGGAUGAAAAGGAAGACGCAGGAGAGAGUUCUUGCGGAAGAAGAUGUUGCGGAAAAGGAAGACGCAAAAAGUAAACACGACGCGGGACGAAGCAAAACACAAGUAGAAGAACAUGUGAGGACCAUCAACAACUCAGCAGAGGUGGUUGAGAUACAGGAGCUACUUCUCGAGGAGACUGGUGCGAAUAGCGUUUCAGCGGACGCCGUAUCGAAUGCAAAAAUGUCUGGGUCUGGAACGUAGCAAUCUGCGAUGCUGCCUUUGGAUUCUACAUCAAAUCUGUAUUGCAUGAACAGCAAAAGAGGUCCUUUUUUUGCUACGCGGAGGGGGCAUUUCUCAUGCGGUAUGGGCAUUAGAAAGUCGUCACAAAUAAAUCUGUGACGCUAGGGCAUGCAUCACAGACAUCAUCGGUCAUGCAAAAUGUGCAUGACAUUCUUCCGGACCCAGACAUACUAAUUUGCAAUGCAUACGCUGUCACGCCAGACGAAAUCGAGCUGGGAAAAGAACUGCCGUGGGCAGACGAGGUAUUGCAAUGGUUAGAGAAGAAUUAAUGACGAUAAAGUCCAAAGAGUACAACUUCUAUUCAUUUUCGUAUCUGUGUUGUCUGAGCACGCAGGUAAGUAACUGCAAGAAUGAAUUUUUAAGCGUGCAACGAAGCUCGUGAACACGGGGAAGUGUAUGAUCAAGAUCGGUAUCAGGAUAGGCAGGACGUUAUCAAAUUUAUCAGAAUCAAUCAAACUAGUUGUAAAAAUUUAUGCUCGAGGUCUCUGUACGUCUAUGUGUACUCGUCACGGGCCUGCACAGUUCCUCCUGACAGCAUCCACAGUCAAAUGAACUACAACUUUUUCAGUUAUAUCAGAAAACGACAAGUGUACCUACGGUAUGAGAAGUGAAUAACUAUUGGACCACGAGAAAGCACGCGCGAGGUCAACAAAUAGCAUUUUAUUAUUUUAUCCUCCACCUCCGAAGGCGGCGAUCCGAAUCCGAUCAGUCUGAUGUCUGUGUUGAGCUUGAUGCACAAAUGAUGGAAUGGAUCGAGGACGAGGUGUAGUACUACUUACUUAGUUUCAUCGGAGCCCACGUCUCAUCUGAUCGGCGGUGUCUUCUUCAAAAAUUCCGCCGCACCUAGUAUUGCAGUCUCUUUGAUGUUGAACUAUUUAUCUUGAAGCUUGUGCUGAAUUCAAGUCAGUGUCGAAUUGCGAUGUGUGAAAUGAACUUGUACUUUUGAUGGCUAUUAGUUUCUGUGGCAUUGUUGAUGAUCAAUCAAGUGGUGCUGCUUUGUGGUCCAACGAUCUGGAAGAUAAAUUGGCAGAAAUGUAUACCUGUCUGUCAACCAGUGUCGAUGUCGUCACACCAGCACAGGAGAGCCCCU